AUAAGAGGUGGGGGGUGGGAGAAGUUCCCGGUGCGGCCGAUUCAAAAUACCCUCGGGGCUCAACUUGACAGUAGAGCAGAAAAGAAAGAAAAAAAAGGAGAAAAAAUAUUGUCGAUUCAAUCUUUGCUGCGUCGUUGCAUAUCAAUUAAAACUUUUCAAGAGCAUUUCCAGUUCUAUCGUAACUCACCGUCGAUCGUUGCACACACACACACACACAUCCUGGUUUUUUAGGUUGCGUGGCUCAACAAGUGUGUGUGAGGACUUUUCGUAUAGCCCACCCGUUUCGUCAUUUUUUGUAUUGGGAAGGAGGUGAUCGCAUGUUUUUCUUUUUUACUCUCGUAAGGCAGGAAACGAGGAAAGAGAGAGUUUAUGGUGCGGGAAAACGUGCUCUUUUGUCCCCCAUUGCCGACGUUUAUCUAUAACAUUCCUUUUUCACUCUAUUGAUCGUUAAUUUCGCUCCGUCUUAUUGUUGAUUGGAAGUUUGGUAAAGAUUCGAGAGAAAAGAGAGUUCUCUAUUGCUUACAAAAGUUGGCCAAGGUUACACUACUUUCAUGCAUAAGGUCUCUAGUUGUUUUUUAAGGUGUUGAGAUUCGAUGCAGAUUUUCUGCCAUCACACCUGUCAGUAUGGGGUGGAUGAACCACUUGGAUCGUCUAAUUAGGGGAAAGCAAGCUCCUUUGGUUAGAAACCGAACAAUCAAUGUUGGCAGCAAGUUUCACUCACCUUUAGAAAAUGCACUGAGUGGAACAAGUAGGGGAGAAGUAUUUGUGGAUAACAGGGUUGUGUCAGCAAAGUACACAGUAUGGAACUUUAUCCCCAAAAAUCUUUUUGAGCAAUUUAGGCGUAUUGCCAACUUUUACUUUCUCUGCAUUGCAAUAAUUCAAAUGUCCAUUGACAGUCCAGUAAACCCUGCAACGAGUUCACUGCCAUUGGUUUUUGUGAUAACAGUGACUGCAAUCAAGCAAGGGUACGAAGAUUGGCUAAGGCACAGGAAUGAUAGAGAAGUGAAUCUAAGAUUGGUAGAUGUUGUUCAACAAGGAUCAAUGCAGCAAGUACAAUCACAAAACAUUCACGUCGGAGAUAUCGUGCGAGUGAAACGUGACGAAAGUUUUCCCUGUGAUCUGGUGCUCAUUUCAACAUCAAAUAAUGAGGGCAAAUGCUAUAUUACCACUGCUAAUUUGGACGGUGAAACGAAUUUAAAGACACAUUACUGUCCAAAGGAAACAAGACAGCUGAAGACUACUGAACAGCUAUCUGCCUUUUCGGCGUGCAUCGAAUGUCAAAAUCCCACUCCUGAUCUUUACAAGUUUAUGGGAACUUUGAAAAUCUUUGGUGACGCUGAUAUCGAGAACCCGCAACUGUUGACGAAGGUAUCGCUUGGCUUGGAAAACACGCUCCUUCGUGGCGCCAGACUCAAAGACACUGAAUUCAUUUAUGGAUGCGCUGUUUACACUGGACAAGACACGAAAAUGGCACAGAAUUCCAAAUUGACCAGCAAUAAAUUUUCAACGGUUGAAAAGACAAUGAAUAUGUUCCUCUUGUUUUUUCUCUCGAUUCUCGUGGUAGAGAUUUCUGUCUGUACUGCCCUGAAGUACAAGAUGUGGUUCUCGCCUACUAUAGCUGAUGCGUGGUAUUUGAAUGCCAAUCAUUCAGCUCCAGUGAGGGAUGUGCUGCAGGACGUCUUCUCCUUUCUCGUCGUAUUUAACUACAUUAUUCCCAUUUCUCUCUAUGUCACCUUGGAAAUGCAAAAAUUUAUUGGAAGUCUGUUCUUCGCUUGGGACGAAGAAUUGCGUUGUCCAAUUACCGGUGAGAUUCCAAUUUGUAAUUCGUCAGAUUUGAAUGAAGAGUUAGGACAAGUUCAAUACCUUUUUACCGAUAAGACCGGUACUUUAACCGAAAACAACAUGGAAUUCCGCCAAUGCUCCAUUGCUGGACUAAAGCACAUGGAAAAAGAAGGCGAUCUCUUUGCCGCUCUUGAUAACAGCGCAAGACAUUUCAAUCCUGUUCAUCACUUUACUGCUUAUCUUGAAGAAUUUUUCGUUGGUUUGGCGCUAUGCCAUACGGUGCAGGUAAGCAUCCCCACCAGUAGUAAACGUGAAGAAGUGGUUAGUUCUCAUCCGGGAUACGUCAACAACACCUUUCAUCCCGAUCACUUUGACUAUACUUAUCAAGCGUCUAGUCCAGAUGAAAAAGCUCUCGUCGAAGCUUGUCGGAGGUUGGGAAUUGUCUUUCAUGGGGAGGAAGAUGGUUUGAUUCGCCUUACUGUAUUUGGCCAAGAUCGGUAUUAUCGCCGGCUUCAGGUGCUCGAGUUUGACUCGAAUCGCAAGCGAAUGUCAACCAUUGUUCUGUUCCCAGAUGAUAGUAUCUGGCUUAUUUGCAAAGGUGCUGAAAGCACGAUAAUUCCCAAUUGUAUUGGUGGUCCAAUCAACCAAACUCUUGAACAUAUCAACGAUUACGCACUUUUGGGAUUGCGGACCUUGGCGAUAUCAGCCAGGCAACUUACUUCUGAACAAUAUGGGGGCAUGAUGGAAAAAUUAAACGAAGCUAGACAGAUGAUGGUUGACCGAGAAUUAUACGUUAGCCAGAUCUUUGAUGUUAUCGAGAGUGACAUGACUCUUCUAGGUGCUACCGGAGUUGAAGAUCAACUUCAGGACGGUGUAGCAGAAACGCUCGAGGCUCUCAGGGCCGCUGGGAUCAAGGUUUGGGUCUUGACUGGCGACAAGCUGGAAACGGCCAUUAAUAUCGCCUACUCGUGUGGGCAUUUUAAACGGGGAAUGCAGUUAUUGACACUUACUGCACAGACCUCACCCGCAGAAUGCCAAGAGACAUUGUGGAGAUUAAGGUACGUACUCGCAUUUCAUUGAACGUUUUUUCUUUGGAUCUUGUAACAUUUUAUUCUGUUUAAUAUUAGACGACGUAUUUGGGAUGAACCAAUUCAAAAUUUUGGCUUCGUCGUCGAUGGUGAAUCUCUUGCUCAUUCUCUCAGAGAGCAUAGACAACUUUUAUCUGAAGUUUGCAGCCAUUGUAAUACGGUUGUUUGUUGUCGAAUGUCUCCCAUCCAAAAAGCAGAAGUGGUGAAAGUUGUGAAAGGGUUCUCCUCCAAACCUAUUACAGCUGCUAUUGGUGAUGGAGCCAAUGACGUCUCAAUGAUCCAAGAGGCCCAUGUAGGAAUUGGUAUUAUGGGUAAAGAAGGGCGACAGGCUGUUCGGUGUUCAGAUUUCGCUUUUGCGAGAUUCCGUUUUCUGCGGCGAGUGCUACUUGUUCAUGGCCACUGGUAUUACUGGCGGGUCUCUACUCUUGUUCAGUACUUUUUCUACAAGAACAUUACCUUCAUUACUCCGGCGGUCUUUUUCGCCAUCUUCAGCGCUUAUUCCACGCAGCCGAUUUAUGAUACGUUUUUCCUGACGUUUUACAAUAUCUUUUUUACAUCGUGGCCUAUUUUGAUUUUUGGUCUCCUCGAGCAAAACUUUACCUCUCGUCAGUUGCUCGAAAAUCUCCAUCUCUACAGGGACAUUGCCAACAACGCUCGUAUGAGUUGGUUUCAGUUUUUCAAGUGGACACUUUUAGGUCUCUGGCAUUCCGUGGUCAUCUUUUUCGGCUGUAUACUUCUUUGGGAAUCGGAUACGCCUUUCGAUUCGCGCGGUCUCACUAUGGACUUUUGGAGUUUUGGAACGCUAAUCUAUACUGGUGUCAUUGUCGUUGUGAGCUUGAAGUUGAUGCUUCAAUCUCGUCAUUGGACUGCCCCCUUUGUGAUCUCGAUCCUGCUCUCCGUUUUCGGAUUUAUGGGUCUCGCCUUUUUAUACUGUGGGAUCUCAGUCGACGCGCUGAAUAAUGGGCCGUUAAAAUGGGUUUACAUGAAUUUGCUCUCUACUGGACCUGUGUGGCUGUUCAUCGUUUUUGGAGUAGUGGUUGCUCUCUUGCCUGAUACUCUCAUCGGUGUGUGGGAAGCUUACUCCGCUGGCGAAGGCGUCCUUGUCAAUCAGCGGUGUACCCCCGGUCAAGCACUUAGGCAACAGCUUGACCGAACCAUCUCGCUGCUCUCUCAGUCGCGAAGCGGCAAAUUACAAGUGACGCUGGAUCAAACUGCGGCCGACCAAAGUAUGCACCAAUCGGCGUCGUACGAACUGCGUAUUCAAAGGACUAGCGCUAGGAGAACGCCAGCAGGAUUGAACGGAGGUAUCGUCAGCGCAGAGUCGACCACAACCUAUCGACACUAACGUCCGUCACAGUGGUUUCGUGGGCUACUUCGUGGAGUCCAACUGGCGGUACUACACCCGCCCCUACAGAUGAUCGUCUUUCCCGGUCUUGUGUCAAUUCUCCUCCGUUAUUCACGACCAUUGACAUUCAAUCGCCGU